AUGUUCGGCGGCAACUACUACGACAACGACGAUCAGAUGGCCAUGUACCAGGCCAUGGGCAUGCGCGGCGGCCAGCCCCGGCGCUUUGACGAGUACUUCCGCUGCUACCCCAUCGCCAUGAUGCCCGGCCCCGAGCGCGAAGAUGCCAACCACGGCGGCAAGGUCUUCAUGCCGCCCUCGGCCCUCGACAAGCUGACCCGCCUACACAUCACGUACCCUAUGCUCUUCGAGCUGAUUAACGGCGAGGCCCAGAAGCGGACGCACGCGGGUGUGCUGGAGUUCACCGCCGAGGAGGGCAAGAUAUAUCUGCCAUACUGGCUCAUGCAAACGCUCCAGCUGGAGCCGGGCGACCUAAUCCAGGUCAAGUCGACAGACCUGCCACUAGGCAACUUCAUCAAGCUGCAGCCUCAGUCUCCCGACUUCCUCGAAAUCUCAGACCCGAAGGCCGUGUUGGAGCAGGCCUUCCGCAAUUUCUCGUGCCUAACGCUCGGCGACAUCUUCACCUUCUCCUACAACGACCAGGUCUACAGCAUCGCCGUGCUCGAGGUCAAGCCUAACCAGGACUCGCACGCCAUCUGCACCCUGGAGACGGACCUGUCUGUCGACUUCGCGCCACCCGUGGGCUACGAGGAGCCGCAGCGAGCCAAGGCCGCCAGCGGCACCAGCACGCCGCGCAGCGUCGCGAGCGGUGCUCCUGGCGGCGGCGUGCUGCCGGGCGGCACGCUGCACCCGCACGGCACCAUGGCGCAGGCCAUCAACUACGCGGCCAUCGCACCCGCUUCCACGACGGCCGCCGCCGGCGCCAAGGCCGUCUCGUCCAACUUCCUGUCGGGCGGCCACAAGCUGUCGUCGUCGAAGCGCGGCAGCAAGGCGCCCACGCCCAAGCCCUCGACGCCCGUCGCCGGCGCCUCCGCCAACAGCAACCCCGCCAUCGCACCGCCCGUUACCGUCCGCCGCAACGCCAACGGCCCGCAGCCGCUGCGCUUGCCGCCUGGCAAGCUGUUCUUCGGCUACGAGAUCAAGCCCGUCAAGGGCAAGGGGGCGGCGGCGGCGGGAGACGGCGGCGACGAUGACAAGCCGCAUUUCCAGGGCCAAGGACAGACUUUGAGGGGCAAGAAGAAGAGCUGA